CGCCCAACUAACCCGCCAUACGGCCGCAUUAAUUAAAUAACACUGUACUGAAUCAGAAUUACAAGACAAUGGCAAUGAUGAAUUGCUUACUGUGGAAGUCAAUCACUUUCCUGAGCUUGGUUUGGGCUGUUGGAGGACAAUUAAGUGGAGACCUGAGGCUGGUAGACAGCUUCGGCCUAACAGGAGGCUCCUCCGGCAGACUGGAGGUCUAUUACAGUGGAAAAUGGGGGACAGUGUGUGAUGACAGCUUCGGUAUAGAUGAUGCAAGAGUGGCUUGUCGUCAACUAGGGUUCUCAACCUCUUCCACUCCACGAUACGGAACAGUUGGAACGCUAGGAUUCUCCGAAGCUUCAUUAGCCACUCCGACAUGGCUGGACAAUCUUGCUUGCUAUGGAUAUGAGAGCAGACUCAUUGAUUGUCCUGCUAACUCUAUCGGAGUUGAAGAUUGCCCCCAUUAUGAAGAUAUAGCCUUGAUCUGUACUGAAAGCACUGCAAAUGGAGACCUGAGGCUGGUAGGCAGCUCAGGCCAAACAGGAGGCUCCUCUGGUAGACUGGAAUUCUAUUACAGUGGACAAUGGGGGACAGUGUGUGAUGACAGCUUCGGUAUAGAUGAUGCAAGAGUGGCUUGUCGUCAACUAGGGUUCUCAACCUACACUCAAUACGGAAAUGUUGGAACGCUAGGAUUCUCCGAAGCUUCAUCAGCCACUCGGACAUGGCUGGACGAGCUUCGUUGCUAUGGAUAUGAGAGCAGACUCAUUGAUUGUCCUGCUAACACUAUCGGAGUUGAAGAUUGCCCCCAUUAUGAAGAUAUAGCCUUGAUCUGUACUGAAAGCACUGCAAGUGGAGACCUGAGGCUGGUAGGCAGCUCAGGACGAACAGGAGGCUCCUCUGGCAGACUGGAAUUCUAUUACAGUGGACAAUGGGGGACAGUGUGUGAUGACAGCUUCGGUAUAGAUGAUGCAAGAGUGGCUUGUCGUCAACUAGGAUUCUCAACGUACACUCGAUACGGAAAUGUUGGAACGCUAGGAUUCUCCGAAGCUUCUUCAACCACUUCGACAUGGCUGGACAAUCUUGCUUGCUAUGGAUAUGAGAGCAGACUCAUUGAUUGUCCUGCUAACACUAUCGGAGUUGAAGAUUGCUCCCAUUAUGAAGAUAUUGCCUUGGUCUGUACUACAAGUAGUACUACAACAUCAUCAUAUUCGGUGCCCAGCUUCUCGAUCGGUUUUGGAGUGACAAUUCCUAUCAUCGUCAUCAUAGUUGUGAUUUUCGUCUUGGUCUGUGUUUUAAUGAAUAGAAGACGUCGCCUGGCUCGCUACCCACGCUACGCUCCCAUUAUUACUGCGGCAAAUACACAAGAUGCAGCCUUUCCUGUGCAGCAACCCAUGGACCCAACUCCUCCCUACUCUCCCCCUCAAAAUAUGCAACCAGUAACUGCCUACCCGACUGGUCAAUAUGCUGACCCCCAGUACCCUACGUCCUACCCUCAGCAACCCCCAGCCCCCUAUCCCACGUCCUACCCUCAGCAACCCCCAGCCCCCUAUCCUCCUGGACAACAACCCCCUGCCGCGUACACUCAGCAACCCCCAGCCCCUCAUCCUCCUGGAGAACAACCCCCUGCCGCGUACACUCAGCAACCCCUAUCAGCCCCUCAUCCUCCUGGAGAACAACCACCCCCUGCUCGGUACCCCACUGGACAACCACCCUCUGCACCAUUAUUGUAUGGUGGAGAAGCCCCUCCAGCAUAUCCGAACUAAGUAUGGGGACUAUACAUACCCACCGUGCAUGCAAGUAGAAUCGAAACUUUAUACUAAUUGUGACUGUAUAGUGAUCCAUGCAGUAUCUGCUGAUGUCUCUUAGUUUAAUUGUCCGCUCCCUUUCAAUGUUUUUUAUAAGAUAAUUGACAUUUAUGCGCAUAAUUAUUAUCAUUCUACUAU